CCCAUAUAAUAUAGUACCCUAGUUCAAACUUUCCCUUCCCAUCUCACAGAUUGUUCAAAAAUGGCUACUUCAAUUUCAGAUUAUAAUACCGCUAAUAGAUUCGUUAUACCAAUUGCGGCAUUAAAUCUAUACCAGAACAGGUGGGCAAUCAAGGUUCGCGUAAUCAACAAGUCUCUGAUCAACAUGUGGAGCAAUUCCUAUAGCGCAGGCACGCUCUUCUACAUGGACCUGAUUGACGACAGUGGCGAAAUUCGCUGUACCGCAUUUAAAGAUCAAUGCGACAAAUUCUACGACAUGAUACAGUUUGGAAAUGUGUACUACAUCUCGCAGUUCUCGCUGAAGGCGGCGAACAAACUGUUUAAUCCAUUGAAGAACGAUUACGAGAUGACGAUAACCCCUGAUACAGAGAUCGUGCCUUGUCACGAGUACAACGAUGACAUUCCGACGCUGCAGUUUAACUUCUGUCCCAUAAGUGAACUGGAGAACAACGAGAAUAGUCUAAUAGAUGUCUUGGGUGUCGUUAAAACUGUCAGCGAUGUACAACACAUACAACACACUACCGGCAUAAAGGUCGUGAAGAGGGACGUUAAUAUCGUCGAUGACAGCGGAACGAUGGUAUGCGUUACGCUGUGGCAAGAGCAAGCCGAGGACUUCGAUGACUCUAAUACUGAGGCUCCAAUAAUCUUAGCUAUUAAGGGAGCGUACAUGAGCGAAUUCAAUGGGCGGAGAAACUUGUCCCUUAUAAGUUCCUCUUUACUUAAAAAUCCUGAUCUUCCUGAAGCACACAGAUUGCGCAGAUGGUACACUGCAGGCGGCCAUUAAGAGUCCGCGAAAUCAUUGUCUAGACUUGGAGGCGGUGAUGACUUUAACGCGCCGUUGUAUAAGACUUAUGUGGCACAUCUAACAGACAAACUCUCUAAGCUGGCGCAUUGAGAGAUUGGAUUCCAAUUAAAUUUCACACGUUUCGCAUUAAAGAUGUUUUAGAGAUGUUUAUGUUUAAAGCUAGUAAGUUUGCGAAUUAAAUACAAUUUAUGUUUCUUUUGUUUCUCGAAAUUUGUUCUGUUCGUUUCUAUUAUUCGGUGAAAUUUAAUUAUUUUUUCAUGUAAGUAAAAAAAAAC